GAGAAAUAGAAGAAGAAGAAAAUCCAUUAUCAAUUAUCAAUCUUUCCAAAUGGGUUCAUCGUGGAAUGAGAGAGAGAAUAAAUGAACAGAAAAAAGAAAAAUCUUCACUUUUUUUCCCACAGAAAAAGGUCCUCUGGAGCUGUUCUUGAAAACUGAAAUCAAAGUUUCCUUUUUGUGCCUUACCCCCUUUUUCAUUAAAGGCGUGUGCGAAAAAGAAGAACAAAAAGAACAAAAGAACCUCGUUCGUUUCUGGUUCUGGGUCACUCGUAUUUCACAGAGGAGAUUUUCAAAAUGCUUUGUCGGUCAAUGGAGGUCAAGUUCAGAGUGUAACCAUAACCAUUUCUUUUUCUUUUCUUCUUUUUCUGUGUAAUUUUUCAGCUUUAGUUUGGUUCCUUCUUUGCAUUUCUUAUCUUUGGUUUCUCAAUGCUGCUGCUGAAUUAGGCUUCAUUUUUCCAUCUAGCAUCCCGUAGUAAUAUUUGUAUGAAGCUGAAGAAUCUGAUGGAGAACAAGCAAUUGGAUUUCAAUCAGCCGUUUCUUUCAGUGAGGCGGUUUUCGUCCACGGAAACGUCAUCGAAAGCUAACGAUAUCCCGGGAACGGAUAACCGCUGGCCGCCUCUUCCUGUCUAUAAGUCGGAAUUGAAAUCUGGCCCAGUAAGUAAUCCGGGGAAUGUUCCUUUUCUAUGGGAACAUGCCCCAGGAAGACCCAAGGAUGGAAGAAAGUCACAAACCAUAGCUUUUAAACCUCCUUCCGAUGGCCCGAACCGCGCCCCCGGGAUGUCUUCAGAUUCAAAACAACAGCGUUGUAGCAAAGGCUCUACAAGUGGAGCAGCUACUCAGUCGUCCACAGGAGGGGAUGCAUUUCCUAAUCCUGACCAUUUCCCUUCUCAUAAAAACAUAGUUAAAUUUAGGACCCUGAAGGAGAGGAUUGAGAGGGAUUUAAGUUCUGGUUCGGAGGAYGGUCAUGAGGCUUAUCUAGAAGCAAAUGACACGCUUUCUAGGUCCGAGUCGUUUUCGAUGAGCUGCAGCGUAACUGGUAUGAGUGGAUUGGAUGGAGGCAAUGUUAAACCAUCGGGAGCGUUCGCAAAAGAUCAGCAAACUUGCGACUUCAUGAUGGAACGAUUCCUGCCUGCUGCCAAGGCAUUGGCUUCAGAGACACCUCAAGUUACUUAUAAGAAGCAAAGUGUUCAAAAGGAGCAGCAAAGAGAGACAAAGAAGAUAGUAGAAAUGGAUAAGGAGCACCGAGCAAGUUCACUACCGAUGAAGUUUCCAUAUCAUGCUCCUCCGAAUCCACACGACAAAGAAAUUAGCGAAGAUGAAGAUAAUAAUCUUGAUGAAUCUGAAUACUCAUCUGCUAAAACUUGUGGUUUGUUCACUCGUUUUUGCCUGAGAGGUUCCUUAUGCCUUCUACACCCAGUUCCCGGGAUGAGAAUGCGAGGCUCCGCUGUUGCUUCAGCUCAUAGAGUUCAGAAUGGCAAUUUAACUGAUAGUUCUUGUAACAGCAUUAAGAAUCUAAGAAUUGAAGAAAAACCACUUGAUGGGAACCGGAUGGUUGAGCUACAUGAAGAGAGUAGUGUGCUCAGAGGCCGAUUGAAUGACCCGAAAAAACUAAAGAAAUCUCUCGUUUCUGAAGGAAAAGUUUUUCCCACUGGCCCAGAAAGGGUCAAGAGUUUCAAAGUGCAGAAUGAACCGCAUGGCAGAGGACGGAGCAAAUUUCACGAAUUAUUAGCCAAUGAAUCAUGUUUGGAGAGCCCAGUCGUCGUCGAGAAAACCUUGUAUGUAGAUUCUGUCCACAAUAUGAAGUAUAAAAGCUCAGAUUCAAGCCCUGCGGAUAAAAUGGGAGUAAGAGAUCAGUUCUUGAUGGCUGAUUCUGACAAGUCAACAAGAAGUAGUGAAACUAAAGAAACACUUCAUUUGAAUUCUUCAUCUCAACAUGUCCAGCCUUCAAAUGCUGAAGAUGGAAACAAAAGAAGGUUGACAUCUAAAAGUAUGGAGUCUAUGGAUUCAUGUACAUCUUAUUACGAUGCAAAAACAAACUCGAAGGGUUCAAGUUCGGAAGUAGAUCUUAUUCAAGAUGCUAUGGUAUUACCAAAAGCAAAAGUGGUGGAUGAAAGAAAAGUCGAUUCUGCAAGCGAGCAAUCAGAGAGGUCGGGCAAUCAAGAGAGUUUAGGAAGCCUUCAUCAUAAAAAAUCAAGUCAAGAAGAAAGCUCAGAUGACUCUUCUGAGGAUUUUGCCUCAUUUACAAGUUCAGAAACCUCUUCUAACAAUAGGGAAAAGUUCCAUUUAGAGAGCAAAGUGCCAAAGGGAUCAGAUGUUGAAGAGAAUUAUAAUGGCCAUGUCCAGGACACAAUCACAUUGACAAGCUCGAGACGCACAGCUCGAGGAAAAAUCGAUCUCGAAAGCACUCGUGGCCCGAAAAGUUCCCUGCCCAUUUCUUCACAACUUGCACUUGCUCCACCUCUACCGAAAUCUCCAUCCGAGUCCUGGCUUAAACGCACGCUGCCAACCAUUACGUCGAGAAACUCGGCGCCACAGUCUAGUACUCUUGCCGCUCGCAUUUAUGCUACAAGGCAAAACACUGUAUUCUGAUCUCAAGAGGGAAGAAAUUGCUGAAAGUCCCCUGCUUUGGUUUGAUGAUGGAGUUAUGAUCAAGAUCACAAAUGUAAAUGGUCUUCUUGCUGCUCCCAUUUGUGUUAAUUUUGUGGAGAAGUCAACAUUGUAAUUUGUAGCAAUUGUAAAGGGAAAAAAAUAGUGGUCACAAUUGUAUACGCCCAACAAGUUAUUUAAAGAGAGAGAAAAAAUUGUGAAUCGGCUUCUAAAUGUGAUUACUAGUUCUAAGAA